AUGACAUCUGAUUGUUGGGUAUCUCAUAACCUGGUCCUAACCAAAGGAUGCGUCGGAUUAACAUCUCUUGUGAGGUGGACAUUGUUGUUAUUGUUCGUGGGAAUCAAUGAUGCUCAAGUCUUCCAUAACUCAUUAGUUGAUGUCGGUUUUCCUGGUAUAUCUACACUUUGUCUCAAUGCUUUGAACAGCUCUGUUGCUUGUAAUGAUAGCCUUCCGACAGCGAUUUGGACUCCUGGUGUAUAUCUCGACGUCGAUUCUUUGGCAUCGCUUUGCAUUCCAACAUGUAAGGAAUCCUUACAAGUUUACCAAUCAUCCACGAAAAAAGCUUGUACCUUCUCCGAUGUAUUUGUUUCAGGUGAGGAUAAUUUGGCAUACCCAGCAUCAACUUGGCCUGACCGGUACUUAUACUAUUAUGAGAUAUUAUGUCUGAGAGACGUUGCUUCUGCUCAAUUUUGCAGCUCAGUAUUCGACUCAUGGACCACACCAACUGCGGAAAAAGCAGAGCAAGAUUGCUCCGAUUGUGCACUUGGAAUCCAACAACUCGAGCUUGGUUCACCAUACGGGUACUUGUCUGAUGCAGCUGUCGAUUUCGCUUCUACCACAUCAUCUUGUGGCAAGACAGGAUAUCCUUACACAUCACCAACUGCUAUCGCCCUCAACAGCUCAUCGACCUCUUCUGUCACAGCCACGCCAACUCCUUGUGCUACCCCAUAUACCAUAAAGAAUGGAGAAGAUUGCAACUCAAUCGCGCGGACUCAAAAAGUAUCCACAUUUUGGCUGCUGUACGAGAAUAAUCUCCAGGCAUACUGCGCCAAUUUUCCAGCUCCUGGAAAAUCCGUAUGUAUACCAAAACAAUGUGAUGUAUACACAGUCGGUAAGAACGACACAUGUCGAAGCAUCAUUUCCACCGUCCCGGGAGACAUCACUUUGACACAACUCAGCUCCUGGAAUCCAAAUAUCAACAUAGCAUGUGGUAACCUAGGCCAGCUUUACGGCACAGAAAUAUGUAUAAGCCCCAGAGGAGGAUGGAAAUCAUCUACCAGUGACACUUCACCAAAUUCCAUGAUGACUGCCGCGCCUGUGCCAGCAACUAUCGCCAACGGUACAAACAUCUAUUGCGCAAAAUACUAUGUGAUACAAGCGGGAGAUAGUUGUGCCUCGGUGUCUAUUCAACAAAGUAUAUCUCUCAUAGACUUUUACUUUUUGAACCCUAAUAUCAACAGCAACUGCACAAACAUUAUAGCCGGCGAAAGUUACUGCGUAGAAGCGGUAGGCUCUAUAUCCACGUACACUUCGUCUCAAAAAGCCACAAUUACAGCAAAUCCUUGCCUCCAAGCAUCGCCGCCCUCGACUUGCCUCCUGCCGAUUGAUAUUACUCUCUACCCAAGUGCACCGUAUUGGAGCGAGGGGGCCUCCGUUGUUGGAAACAAAACGAUAAAAUGGCUGGACCCUGUAGCUUCGGACACAAUUCCCACCUGUUACGAGUAUCGGGAAUACUAUUCCUUGAACACGACCAAUACUACAUUUCUGAAACUUGAACGAGAUAUCAAUAAAUGUGACUGGGUAGCCGGCAUAGAAGAAAUCACACUGGCAAACUUCCUGUCAUGGAACCCAUCGUUGGCAGCACAGGAUCCUACAAAUUGUACUCUUUCGCCCGGGUAUCGUUAUUGUAUUCAAAGAUAUAAGCCUACUCCGACCAUCGUCCCAACAUCUACAAGCAUCAAUAAUCCAUUCAUCGCUGCUACCGCCACGGAUGCCCCACCUGGGACAGCUAAAAAUUGCGAUGCCUAUGGCUCCAUGUACGGAGGCGAUAUAGAAGACAUCACGUGCGAUAAUACUCUCAAAUUUUAUGCCAUCGAUCUGCCAAAGUUUUACGCUUUGAACCCAUGGGUAAACUCCGAUUGUUCUGGAUUCUAUUCAGGGUUGAAUUCUACCUCUUUUCGAUCCUUUUGCGUUGGUACUUCGAGUAGCGCCGCGAGUGCACCACCAGCACCUGCUCAAUCGGGCAUCGUUUCUACUUGCAGCGAGUUCUAUACCGUCCAGCCAGGUGAUACGUGCCCCAGUAUUGAGCUUCGAUAUGGGAUUUUGUUCGAGCAAUUCCUUGCCUGGAACCCAGCCGUGCUUCAAAACUGCACGCUCCUUAUAAUUGGGGAUUCUGUUUGUGUUUCUGCGCCUACUCCAGCUUCUAACAUACUCACAAGCACAAGUGCAAGCACGGCCACUCCCACUGAGGUUGUGUUCAUUGGUUAA